CAAUGAGAGAGAGAGAGAGAGAGGGAGGCGUUUUCAAUUACUUGAAUGAACGAACGACAAAGAAAAUGGAAGAGGAGAAAGAUCUCUUUUGCACUCUUCUUCGUUCCUCUGUGACUCUGUCUCUGGUCUUUCCGUUUCUUGUCAAAUUGGAUGUUGCCGUUACUGACCUUUUUUUUUUUUCUUUAAGUGAUCUUAAUUUUUUAUUUUUCUUUUCUCGCCUCAUUCGGUUUGGUUUCUCUCAUGACGUGUUCGUCAUUUGAUCUUCAUUUCCCUCCCCAAUUUUCACUCUAAUCCCCUUCCCUUUUACUUUCGUCAGCUUCAAUCUUCCGUUUGAUCUCACUUGGUCUGUAAUUCUUCUCCCCUUUUUUUGUUUGAAUUGAUUCUUUUAUUUACGUUUGUUCCAUCAUCUUCACUUGUUCUGUAGUUCCUCCAGUUUGUGAUAGAUUUAAGGCUUUCUGCAGCUAACAAUGGGCCCUUUUGUUUCUGGUAGUCUUUAAAUUGUAAUAACGAAGAAAUGAGAUUGUUGUAACACUCGUUUCUGAAGGUUCUCUGUUCUUCCAAGUAUUUUCGGUUUUUUCCAAGUUUGUUCUUUAAUUUAAGUCACAGAUAGAAAUAGCUUUUUAAGUUUUGCAAACAAAAAAGGAAAAGAGAAAAGGAUGAAGCUUGUGGUACGUGUGCUCGAAGCGCGGAAUCUACGCGCAAUGGAUCUGAAUGGUUCAAGUGAUCCUUAUGUUAGAUUGCAGAUUGGGAGGCAAAAAUGUAAGACUAAGGUGGUGAAGAAGAGCUUGAAUCCUUGCUGGGGAGAGGAGUUCAAUUUUCGGGUUGAAGACCUCGAUGAGGAGCUCCUUGUGUCUGUUUUGGAUGAAGAUAAAUACUUCAACGACGACUUUAUGGGCCAGCUCAAAGUGCCCGUGUCCAAGGUCUUUGAUGCCCAGAGUAAGUCUCUCGGCACGGUCUGGUAUACCCUGCAACCCAAGAACAAGAAGUCCAAGAACAGAGACUGUGGUGAAAUUCUUCUCACCAUAUCUUUCUCUCAAAGUAAUUCUUUCUUAGACGAUACAUUGUCCUGUAAUGGUGAUCAUGUGUCACAAAUGAGGAAUUCUUCUGAACUAAGAAGUGAAUCAUCUUCUAGUUCUUCCAGUGGGCCCUUAGCGUCAUCUUCUUCAAUGGGAAUGGAAGAGGUCAAUUCUGAGAAGGAAGAGAAAACGCCACCACAGACAUUUGCUGGUUGGCUUUCUCAAUUCUUUCUUAAACAUGGAGAAACACCAUCCACCAGCAGUACUCUAUCAGAUCUUCCUGAAACCACCAAGGUUGAGAAUUACGAUAAAAAAUAUGAACAACAGUCAUUUCAUGGCAGUUUUGAAGAAGCAAUGAGAAGUAUGUCAGAAAGAGAUCAGGGUGGAGAGGUUCCAAGCAAUUUACCAGGGGGAAUACUUUUGGAUCAAUCUUAUGUUGUUUCACCAUCAGACCUCAAUUUUCUACUGUUCUCACCUGAUUCAGAUUUUCUAAAAUCUUUGGCGGAGUUGCAGGGAACUACUGAGCUUCAACAAGGUGCUUGGAGAUUUGAGAAUGGCACUGACAAGUUGAAAAGAGUAGUCACAUAUGUAAAGGCUGCAACUAAAUUGAUCAAGGCUGUGAAAGCAACUGAAGAGCAGGUGUAUCUGAAAGCUGAUGAGAAGGUCUUUGCAGUUUUAUCAAGCGUGAGCACACCAGAUGUUAUGUGUGGGAGCACCUUCAAGACGGAACUGCUCUUCUGUAUAACACCUGGACCUGAGCUUCCGGAUGAAGAACAAUCAUCAAGGUUGGUAAUUUCAUGGCGCAUGAAUUUCUUACAGAACACGAUGAUGAAAGGUAUGAUAGAAGGUGGAGCCCGACAAGGCCUUAAGGACAACUACGAACAGUUUGCAAAUUUGCUAUCUCAAAAUGUUAAGAAGGUUGAUUUGAAGGACCUUGGGUCCAACAAGGAGCAGGUUUUGUCUUCUUUGCAGGUGGAGCCACAGUCUGAUCGGAAGUUGGCAAUUCAAUAUUUUGCAAAUUUUACAGUAGUUUCCACUAUUCUUAUGGGAAUCUAUGUGCUUGCACACAUCUUCCUGGCAAUGCCCAGCACAAUCCAAGGGCUUGAGUUUGAUGGGCUUGACUUGCCAGAUUCAAUUGGUGAAGUGAUUGUGUGUGGGAUUCUUGUUCUUCAGGGUGAACGGGUUUUGGAGUUGAUAGCACGUUUCAUGCAGGCCAGAGUUCAGAAAGGCAGUGAUCAUGGAGUCAAAGCACAAGGCGAUGGAUGGUUACUAACUGUUGCCUUGAUUGAGGGAAGUAAUAUAGCAGCUGUCGAUUCAAGUGGGUUUCCUGAUCCAUAUGUGGUCUUUACUUGCAAUGGUAAAACCAGAACAAGCUCUAUCAAGUUCCAGAGAACUGAUCCUCAAUGGAAUGAAAUAUUUGAAUUUGAUGCAAUGGAUGAUCCUCCAUCUAUGCUGGAUGUUGAAGUUUAUGAUUUUGAUGGACCCUUUGAUGAUGCUAUAUCUCUUGGGCAUGCUGAAAUCAAUUUUGUAAAAUCCAACAUAUCAGACCUUGCAGAUGUCUGGAUUCCUCUACAGGGAAAAUUAGCUCAGGCAUGCCACUCUAAGUUACAUCUAAGAAUAUUUUUGAACAAUACAAGAGGUAGCAAUAUUGUUAAGGAGUAUCUAACAAAGAUGGAGAAGGAGGUUGGCAAGAAGAUAAAUUUGAGGUCACCUCAAACAAAUUCAGCAUUCCAGAAACUGUUUGGGCUUCCACCCGAGGAAUUUCUCAUCAAUGAUUUCACUUGUCACUUGAGGCGGAAAAUGCCACUGCAGGGCCGCCUCUUUUUGUCAGCAAGAACAAUUGGGUUUCAUGCAAACUUAUUUGGACAUAAAACCAAAUUCUUUUUUCUCUGGGAGGACAUAGAAGACAUUCAAGUUGUUCCUCCUACACUUUCAUCAAUGGUCAGCCCAAUCAUUAUCAUUACUCUUCGGAAAGGUAGAGGUAUUGAUGCAAGGCAUGGUGCAAGGACACAAGAUGAACAAGGGAGGCUGAAGUUCCAUUUCCACUCUUUUGUAUCUUUCAAUGUUGCCCACAGGACAAUCAUGGCUCUAUGGAAGGAAAAAUCUUUGAGUCCAGAGCAGAAGGUGCAAAUCGUUGAAGAAGAAUCGGAAUCAAAAAGCCUCCAAACUGAAGAGAGUGGCUCGUUCUUGGGUCUGGAGGAUGCCAAAAUGUCAGAGGUUCAUUCCUCUGUUCUCCCUGUUCCUACCAAUUACUUCAUGGAACUAUUUGGUGGAGGAUACUUGGACCGUAAAAUAAUGGAAAAAGUUGGAUGUCUUAAUUAUUCUUACACACCAUGGGAAAGGGAGAAGGCUGAUAUAUACCAAAGGCAAAUUUGUUACAAAUUUGACAGGCAUGUUUCCCAUUACAGUGGAGAAGUGACAAGCACUCAGCAAAAGUCUCCUCUUUCUGAAAGAAAUGGAUGGACUGUCGAAGAAGUUAUGACGCUCCACGGAGUUCCACUUGGUGACUAUUUCACUCUUCAUUUAAGAUACCAAAUCGAGGAUCUACCAUCCAGAUCUAAUGAAUGUAAUGUUCAAGUAUUCUUUGGUAUUGCAUGGCUGAAAAGCACCAGGAAUCAGAAAAGGAUCACAGAGAAUAUUCUCUCAAAUCUGCAAUAUCGCCUAAAGAUGAUGUUCAAUCUAGUUGAGAAAGAAUUCGUACCAGGAAUGUAGAUAGAAUCUGUUCAUCAUUGCUGAAUGUUUAUUUGUGAAACUUUUCCUGAAAGAGCUUUAUUUUCAUGACGUGCUGUUUUCUGUUGAACUACACUUUGUUCGAAGAAUUUGAUUCAAAUGCAGUACCUGGUCAAAGUGGAUUUUGUGAUCAAGGUGGUGGCGUUAGCUACCUUCCUAUCAGAUACAACCACCUGAGAUGCAUAUCUUAAGAGAAAUUUUGAGCUUCAGCUUUGCCAGUAUGAUUUCUAGGAACUAAUCUGACUGAUGUUACUGCUGGCAUGUUUUCAGAUUUGGGACAUGGGAGUUACUAUUGACGAGGACAAUUUGACUCUUUUCCAUGAUGGUACAGUACAGAGAUGGUCACUUGUUAUGUAACAAUACGUGUAUAGGAUGGUAGAAACUUAAUUUUGUCUAACAAGAUUAACAUGGAAAGUUGUUUCCUAUCCAUGUUGCCAUGUGUUUGAGCACAAUAAAGUCAGGAUAUUACAGAUACAUUCAUGUCUUGAUCAAGAAGUUGGAGUGUCUUACCUGCUUCAAGAAGAUCAAGAUGCGAAUUAUGGUCAUAUGUCUCUGCUUCAUGCAAUCGUAUCCAUUGUUGUCUCAAAUGUAUAUCUGUAUAUACUCUGACUUUGCUAAACAUUUAAUUUGAAUAAUUUCCUUUUUAUUUAUUU